CGUUACGGUUGGAAGCCAACCAAAUGACGUGGCUCCGCAGAAACGCUCCCGGCUUCUCUCUACCUUUUUUUAAUGAAUUAAUCUCCCAACCAAUCAAAACAAAAUAAACAAUUUAAAUUUCCCCCCAAUAUGACCGUUGGGAAACAAAUCUCAAAACCCGCCUAAAACGUUCAAAACCACCCACACAGAAAGCGGAACCUUUCACUCUCUCCAUCUCUGUUUCUAUCUCUCUUUUCUGCCCUCCCAAUCCCCCACAAAAAGUCCAAUCUUUCCAUGGCGGAAAACAGUGAAAACCCACCGUCUUCAUCGUCGAUCAUGGUCCCCAAGCCGCGGCACCCGCUCCACCAAAUAGCGGAAACCCCCACCCACAAGCUCUUACUGAAGCAGUGGCUGAAGGAGGAAGAACUGAUCCUGAACAGAGUGUCUUUCAAGGAGUCACAGAUCGACUCAGUCCGCCGGGAAAUCACGCAGCUCUACGUCUUCUUCUUCCUUUUCCACUCCAUUUCCUUGCUUCUCCUCUUCAACCACGCUUCUUCUGUUUCCUCUGCUGCUGCUGCGGCUUCUUCUGCCUCGUGCAAGCGAUCCUGGAUCCCGUUGCUCUCUUCGCUGCUCUGCUCUAUGGGGAUCGUGUGGGCGGUUCGGUACAAGACGGAUGUGGAAUCCCACAUGGAGAAGCUUCUGGAGAGGGAGAAGGAAGACGGGAAGCUGCUGGCGAAGUGCGUCGAGGAGUUGAAGAAGAAAGGUCUGGAGUUUGAUCUGUUGAAGGAAGUGGAUGCGCUGAGGAGGGCGAAGAGCUUGAGGGUGGAAUCCAAGGCGGUGAAGAAGUGGUCUGCGAGGGAUUUCGCGACCCUGUUCUUCUUUACCGUUGCCUGCCUCGUUCUGGGUUUAACUAGAGUAAUAUUGUGCAGCUAGAUAAUUGGCUAAGGGAUUUCUCCCCGGUUUCUCUCUUGUUCUGGAGAAUGCUCCGGUUUCGUCUUUUGUUUUAUUGGGAUGAUCUGUUUCAAUUUUGGGAAGGAAGAUUCGAGGAAUUUAUGGGUAAAUGGGGGAUUGGUUGCAGCAGAAUGCUCUGUUCUGCGUAUUAUUUUGUGUAAUGGCUGGGAAGGAUCCUGUAAUAAGAUAAUCAGAUAACCUGACAAAGAAUUGUUGAAGCUCCUGGCCUAUUGGUUGAUGAUAGGGUUCUUCUUGGUCCUUACAUUACCAGCUAUCCAACUUAUAAUACAGUGAUUCAAAUGAC